CUAAAUUUCAAACGAAGCUAAGCGGCGGCAGUUGUCCACAACUAUGGCUACCCCAUUUCAUUGUCACCGGUUAGCGAAACCGGAGGUGGCAAGCCUUUAAGGUAAACGCUUGUAUUACCUGGGUGCUAUAGUGGAAUCAAUUUGGGCAUUGUCUUUGAUUAUUAACAUAGUAAAAAUGACAGAAUGGCGCCUGGUUCGGACGCAGUUAUGGAAGGGAAGAUCGACAGAGGUUUGAGAGAUGGUGAUGGAACCUUCGACCAAGAAGAACAAGUGGUGGAUAGGGCGACUCUACCGGGGAAGACAGAGGGUCUCGGCGCUGCGGGGUGCGACAGAGGGAGGAGGCGAGAUGAAGCAUAUUGCGGUGGCGAUGACGUGGAAGAUAGAAGGCGGCGACGAAGUCGGUGAAGAGAGAGGGCGACGGCGUUUUUGGGAAAUAUAGAGGGCGGCUGGCCGCGGAAGACAGAAUGUCAUUAGGGCGUAAAUCUAUAUUCAAUUAAUUGAAGAAAGGGGGUUUAAUGUUGGGGGCAAAAUCGUCCAUUCAUUAUAUUUAGGGCGAUUUAUUUAAAAAUUUAGGGCGUUAAAUAGAAAUUCAGAUCAUUAAAGUCGUCAAAAGGUGCAUCUGUCUAGGUUUCCAUCCAACCCAAAACCUUAAUUACCUUUUGGUACCCAAAACUUUUUAAAACAUAAAAAACUACACUUCAAUAAGUAUUAUCUAAUAUAAAAUUAGAAAACCU